AUGAAGUUCGGAGACUUUCUUUUCCCGGAGAGCAGGACGCCUGAAACGGACUACCAAGUGGUCAACGACGCAUUGGCGGAGACGGAGCUUGCGGACAGUCUGGGAUACCAUUCUGUCUGGCUAGGGGAACACCACUUCGACGGUGUCUGUACCUACGCGGACCCGAUGACAUUCGGAGGCGCUGUGGUCGCCCGCACCAAGCAGGUGCGUGUCGGCUUCUCGGCGGUGCAGACGGCGUUCCAUCAUCCGGUCAGGCUCGCGGAGCAGAUCGCCCUGCUGGACAAUUUGAGCGGCGGGCGCAUUAUGGUCGGCACGGCAAGAGGUUCAGCGUUCAAUCGCUAUGAGUAUCGCGGGUAUGGCGUGAAGUACGAUGAAGCGCAAGAGCGACUGUUGGAGGCAGAGCAGAUACUCGUUAAAGCGUGGUCUGGCGAAUCGUUUCAUCACAGGGGCAAGCACUGGAAUGUGGAGGUCCCGAGACUUCGCCAAAUGUCCUCCAGAGUCCGCAUCCGCCAUUGA